UAUGCAGCAAAGACACACAAGCCAAUCUUCUCUACUUCUGAGCCUUUACCCUUAGCUUACUAUCAGCUCAACAUGGCAUCAGGUCUCCCGUUCGGGCUCCCUGCCCCCUCAGCAUCUACGAUGAACCAGCAACUGAUCAGGAGUGACCGCAGCAUGAUUACGAUGUCUGAUGACAAUGUGAUGAUGAAACGAAUUGUAGAAACUCAUGCUCCUGAUGGCCGAGAGGUUGAUGUUAAGCCUCUUCUUCACCUUGUUGAAGACAUCCUCAAACGAGCCACCCUGCAAACCGAUACCUCUCUAACGACUUCCCAAGCCCAUGCUGAAUCGGAGGACAAGACCAACCAUGCCAAUUUCGCUGUCAUGCUCGAUUCGCUUUCGUAUACUAUUGACAGAAUUUCCUGCGAGAUUGCCUAUAAGGGUGGGGCAGACGGGCACGCAACAACUGUCGAACUUUUCAACAUGCUAGCAAGCUAUUCCUGGGAUGCCAAACUGGUUCUGACCUUGGCAGCUUUUGCUUUGAAUUAUGGAGAGUUUUGGCUGCUUGCCCAGAUUUACUCUUCAAAUCAACUUGCCAAAUCCAUGGCAAUUCUCAAGCAAUUGCCUAACAUCCUGGAACACUCAGGGCCCUUGAAACCUCGUUUCGAUGCCCUUAACAAUCUGAUCAAGGUUAUGAUGGACGUGACUAGAUGCGUGGUUGAGUUCAAGGAUUUACCACCAACUUACAUUUCCCAUGAAGUGUCAGCGUUGUCCGCAGCCAUGGCCCAUGUCCCUACUGCUGUCUACUGGACCGUAAGGAGUGUUCUGGCUUGUGCGGCUCAGAUUACCAGCCUCACUACCAUGGGAUAUGAGUUUUCAAUAUCAACCACUAAGGCAUGGGAGCUAUCCACCUUGGCUCACAAACUCAGCAACAUACUUGAGCAUCUGAGGAGGCAAUUGGCUACUUGCUACCAAUACAUAGAUGAAAAGAGGAAUGUCGAAGCCUAUCAAAUGCUUCUGAAUCUCUUUGAAAUGAUUCACAUUGACAACAUGAAGGUCCUCAAGGCCCUGAUUUACGCCAAGGAUGAUAUCCAACCACUGAUAGAUGGCUCUAAUAAGAGAAGGGUCCAUCUUGAUGUAUUGAGAAGGAAGAACGUGCUAUUGCUCAUAUCUGGCCUUGACAUUUCGAAUGAUGAGCUUGCGAUUCUCGAACAGAUAUACAAUGAAUCCAGUCACCACGGAACUAGGCUGGAUAGUCAGUAUGACCUGGUCUGGAUCCCAAUUACAGACCAUUCAGUUCAAUGGACUGAUCCACUGAAAGAAAAAUUUGAGAGCUUGCAGAAUUCAAUGCCAUGGUACACAGUGUACCAUCCUUCAUUGAUUGAUAAGGCAGCCAUUAGGUUCAUUAAGGAGGUGUGGCACUUCAGGAACAAGCCUAUUCUUGUGGUGCUUGACCCUCAAGGAAAGGUGGUUAGCCCAAAUGCACUCCACAUGAUGUGGAUUUGGGGAAGCAAUGCCUUCCCUUUCACCAGCUUGAGAGAGGAAUCUUUGUGGAGGGAAGAGACAUGGAGGCUGGAGCUUCUGGUUGAUGGCAUUGACCCAGUGAUUCUUAAUUGGAUUAAGGAAGAGAAGUACAUUUUCAUGUACGGAGGGGACGAUGUUGAAUGGGUGAGGAAGUUCACGAACACAGCACGUGCUGUUGCUCAGGCAGCCCGCAUUCCCCUUGAGAUGGUUUAUGUGGGGAAGAGCAGAAAGAGGGAGCAAAUCCGGCGAGUCAUGGGGACAAUUAAUGUGGAGAAGCUCAGUUACGCCUGGCAAGACCUUACCAUGAUAUGGUUCUUUUGGACCAGGCUAGAGAGCAUGCUCUUCUCCAAGAUUCAGCUAGGCAAGGUUGACGACCAUGAUCCUAUGAUGCAAGCAAUCAAGAAGUUACUUAGCUACGACAGAGAAGGUGGAUGGGCUGUGCUUAGCAAGGGCUCUAGUGUUGUCGUCAAUGGCCAUGGCACCACAGUUUUGCCAACAUUGGUCGAGUAUGACUUGUGGAAGGAGCAAGUGCCAGUUAAGGGUUUUGAUUUGGCCUUCCAAGAGCACCAUGGAAAUCUUCAUGACAUUGUUCAUCCUUGCUCCCGCUUUGAGUUCCCAAUGACUGCUGGUAGGAUCCCCGAGACCUUGAAAUGCCCCGAGUGCAACCGCUCCAUGGAGAAAUUCACCACUUUCCUUUGCUGCCAUGACGUGCUGCUCCAGUAGAUGAGCAGCAGCUACGCCUCCUUGUCGCUCCUGUUGCCGCUGAAUAAUGUUGUGCGUGCUCUUCUUUCUUUUCCAUUUUCAUGUACUCUGAGACGUGAUGCCUAGCUUGGCGCUCAAUACGUGGGUUUGGCAUUUGAAAUUCCAUACCAUGAAAAUAAAUUUGAGGGUGUUGCAGACCCACCAUGCUUAAUUUGUUUUUA